AUGGGUGACACCGACUACUCAGAAAUCUUCACGCCAUCUCAAACAGCUGGAGCGCGGAAGCCGAGAAGUGAAGCCGCCACUAUGUUCUAUCGUGUAUGCAAGGAUAUCUUUCAUGGUUACGAUCUACCAGAAGAUGUUCCGAGUCGAUUCGAAGUGAUCUACAACGCUUCCGAAUUACUUACCUCGAUUAGCAGAUUGAGUCAACUUCACGAAGAUUCAGCCAGUCCUUUAGUCAGAGUGCAGACGGCAGGAACAAGCACCCUAGAUUUGUUUAUUGAAUUAUUCCACUUGCUGUAUGCACCUUAUCGUGUGGUGCUUUCGCGAAGUCAGGAUCUGAGAUUCGCCAAAGCUUGUUAUAGUCUUGCGAGCCACACCAUAUUCGCCCUGUUGGACAUGUCUCUUAACGUACGACAAUUUCAAUUCCAAGUGACACCAGAUAUAGCGGAAGAAAUCGCAGUUCACAUCCUGUUCCUCAUGUGGUGCCUGGAUCUGGGCAUAAAGGAUCCGAUUUCGGAAGCUAUAAACGACGACCCAGUACGUAUCAGCGAGACGCGGCGAUAUCUCACAUGCUUGUUCCAAGUCUGGGUUCGAUGGACCUCUGCUGAGAACCAUGAACGUCCAACGAACUCGCACCAAGAGCUCUUGGACGAAAUAAUUCAACUCAAAUCCGGGAAUGGUCCAACUAGGGUACGCAAGAAAGAGAUCGAUAUAACAGAGUCGAAUCCGCGUUUUGGCCCGUCCGACGAUAUCAGAUACCAUGGCUCAAUUCAAGCUUCCAAGUCUAUGGCUGCCCAAAUGUUGUAUAGUCUUUUAGACUAUGUGGUACCUCCAGCUAUUCGCAAAUUUUCGGAGCCGUCCUCUCUCCAUUUUGGUUCUUUGAGCUCAUCGAUAAUCCAUGUCAUGCAUAUAAGAAACGGACUAUGCCAACGUGAAAUUCUCAGUGACAUCUACAGACAAGCAUUUGGCGACCAGUUGACGCAUUUUGUCCUUGCCGGCUGUUGCGUAAGGGACUCCCUACCGACCCUUUACACAGGGGACGAUUUAAUCCCCAUAUGGUGGUUUCCUAUUUUCAGUGCUCUGGCUAGGGGGUCUGUUGACGGUUGA